AAAAUUAAUUUCCGUAAUGGAGAUAAUUGGCCCUUACGUAGCUAGCUGUUGGAUUCGUGUGUGUUGGAACCCAGGAAGCUUAGCCUAGCUAUGACUACGUCCUUCUUGAAUUCUCCUCUUCCACUGCCAAUGCCAUGCACUCGGUGCAAAUUGAAGCAAGAAGUUAGGUUAUUAUCACGGCCACGGAUAGGAGGAAUGAGCAAAAGCAUGGGUUUUAAUGCCCCUGCAAAUGGGGUUAAAGCGUUUUUCUUUAAUCCUGCACAAGACCCCAUCGCCAAAGAAGCUCUCAAGGAACCAGUGGCAUUCUUGGGUGGAAUGUUUGCGGGUAUUUUAAGGCUUGAUUUGAAUGAGGAGCCCCUCAAGGAAUGGGUUAAUAGGACUGUGGAAGCUGCAGGUAUCAGCGAAGAAGAAACCAAUGCAGAAGAGUCAGCAACUGAGGCAGCUCCACAAGAGAUUCAGAUUGAGUAACAAUUGCAAUUGUUUCUUCUGUAUGCAAGUUUUAAGAAACUUGCUUGGGAUUAGAAUGCCAACAGAGCUCUAAAAAUCGGUUCAAUUCGUUAUGAACUAUAAUCUUCAUAUUACAUAUGUGAAACAGAGAACAGCUCUGACUUAGCAUUCGUAUUGGUUUGAUAACUUGCUGGAUUUGGUAUCAAGUCUCUGUUUUGCUA